AUGUCUGAUUCUGAACUGCCCACUACGUUCGAGGGCGAGGUGGAUCUCGGUGUUAUCGGUGGGACCGGCUUGUAUCAUCUGCCAUGUUUAGAGAAGAUCGCUGUUUUGCCACGUAUGGCGACGCCAUGGGGGUAUACCUCGUCGCCAAUAACGAUCUCGAAGUUUAUUGGGGCCAAUGGACACCUCCAUGUGGCUUUCCUUGCCAGACAUGGCCUAGACCACCAAUUGCCACCUUCCAAAGUGCCCUUCAGGGCUAACAUGGCCGCACUUAAACAUUUGAAGUGUAAAGCUGUGCUGUCGUUCAGCGCCGUAGGCUCUUUGCAGGAAUCCAUUAAGCCGAGGGACUUUGUGCUGCCUCAGCAGCUCAUCGAUAGAACCAAGGGCAUCAGAGAGUCGUCGUAUCUGAAUGAGGAAGGAUUGGUGGGCCAUGUCGGUUUCGGUGAUCCGUUUUCUGAGUCGUUUGCCAAGUAUAUCUACCAGUUCAGAGAUGUGCUGACCAAUGAGGGCAAGCCUUGCACGUUGCACUUCGACAAGGAUAAGACGGUUGUGUGCAUGGAGGGCCCUCAAUUCUCCACAAGGGCAGAAUCCCGGAUGUACAGAUUGCUCGGCGGUGACGUGAUCAACAUGAGCGUCAUUCCAGAAGCGAAGCUGGCUCGGGAGUGCGAGCUGCCUUAUCAGAUGGUUUGCAUGUCUACCGACUACGACGCCUGGAGAGAAGACGAAGAACCCGUCACCGUGGAGGUGGUGCUGGGCCAUUUGGUUAACAACGGGCAUAACGCUAACGCAUUGGCCGCCAGCGUUAUUGAGGCUAUGUCUCACGAUCUGCCCGAAUUCAUGAAGACGGGCGACGGUCUGCGUGGAUCGGUGAAAAUGUCGAUCUCGACAAAGCCAGAGGCUAUGUCGCAGGAGACCCUCGAGAAACUGAAGUUUCUCUUCCCAGACUAUUGGUAG